CGCGGAAUUCGUAUAUAUCGCAUAGAUGAGCAUGAGAAAGGGUCUGUGGGCCUCGCAUCAGACACAGACGAGGGUUCCGGCCAUGAUGUGUCUAGCAAUCCAAUCGUAUCCAAGAUUGUAUCAAUCAGUCUACCGCCCUAUGCACACGAGAGAGAAAAACACCAUGCAGCGGACCGAACCAGCCCCCUUCCCCGCCUUUCCUCCGGACCCCCUCCUCUUUCCGUUCUGCACACACGUUGGCACUGUACAUAUACACCCGGGUCUGUAUCUCUGUCUGUCUGUCUCCCCGUCUCCCCAUCUAUGUGAGACGGCCAAUUAGUUGAGUUUGUCCUGUUGCGGGCUGUACUCCUUGACGAUAUCAACAUCGCCCUGCAGUCCACACACACACACACACACACACACACGGCCCCAUCGAGACACACACACAACAAAAGAGAGAGUCUGACACUCCUGGCUGUCUUGAAGUAUGCCCUCGCAGAUAUAUAGUACUACCUCUUUUGUGGCGGUGUCUCCUGCUGCUUCCUCAUCCCCGCUGUUUUUCUUGAUGACGACUGUCCCCUUCUUGGCGGGCUUGGCCACCCUCGAUGAGGCCUUGCUGCUCGCCGUGCUGUCCAGGGCCAUCGAGUCGUCGUCGUGGACGUCGUCUUCGUCACUCUGCACGCAAUCAUGUGGACGGAUGAAGGGAGAGAGGGACGGAUGAAGGGAUGUGUGUGUGUGUGUGUGUGUGUGUGGACGUGUGUGUUGCGAUAUUACGUCUGCAUCGAUGUCGAUUUCCUCGGCCCACACCUGGAUGUCCUCGGGGUCUGACGGGCCCUGUGUGGUGUGGGAGAGAGAGCAACACGCGGUUGUCUGUCUGUGUCUGUGUGUAAUGCCAUGUGUGUGGGCGGCCCACGCCCGGCGCACCGUGUCCUUCUCCGCCACAUCUGACGGCAGCUCGUGUGAGUAGGCAUACCUGAGUGCGGCCACACACACACACACACACACACAUGAGUGGAAGGACAUGAAUCGCGCUGUUUGUGUGUGUGGCGUGCCAGCCAGCAAUUAUUAUCAGACUUACUUACCGCUGUGAGUGUCUGUGUGGCGCCCACAGCCACAUUAUGGCCACCAAGACAAAGAGAAAGAGCAGGUGGGAGAUGCCGUCGGUCAGCAGCCAUUGGGACUGCCACCGAGCCGUCACAUUCUGCACACACAAGACACCCACCCCCGCCCGCAGACGGUCACACACCAAGACACACAGAGGUAUGUCUGCUGCGUCUUGACGUGAGGACCUGGGAGAGGUAUGUGAUCUGGUAGAUGAGAGCCGCCGCAGCGAUGAUGAGCGACAUGACUAGCACGUUCCACAGCCGCGUGAACAGCAGCAGCUUCUCUGUCUGCUUGCGGGCGCGCAGCUUCUGUCGCACGCAAUGUAAGAACGAAAUGAGCGGAGCGUAUGUGUGUGUGUGUGUGUAUUGUCUAAUUCUGCGUGUGGGCACACACAGAUAUGUACCAUGAUGAGGGCGGAGAGUGAUGUAAAGAUCCAGUAGAAGAGGAUGGCGUUGAGCAGAGAGACGGGGAAGAGACACAUCAGCACAAAGGCGAAGUUGAAGGCGUGGGAAGACCCGUAAUUCAGCACCACCAGCCUGUCAGUCGUAGGUAUAAGUCCACCAAACAAACCACACAUACUCACACACAAUCUGUUCGGCACGCGACUGACCUGCAGGUGUCCAAGAUCGUGUAGACGAUCGACGUCUGCCGUAUUCGCCGCACCACUGACGCCUCCAACGUGGCCCUGACCACACCCCACCCUGCACACACACACGCAGAUCAGAUGGAUGUGUGUGUGUGUGUGUGUGUGUGUGGCGGGGGAGGGUACGAUACCGAGGCUGGCUACGAGGACGAGCAUAUAGGAAACGAUGCACUUGACGACCGACAGGACGAUGGCGCAGAAGAAGAGGGCGUGUAUGCGGUAGCCGUAGGUGUUCCACCAGUGAAGGUGCACGUGCCACAACACACACUCCAGAAACCCCAGAAAUAUCACGCCUUGCCACAAACAAACAGAGAGAUAAGAAGGCAUGAGAAGGCGUGCAAUGGACGCCUGUGUGGGGGCGGGGGCUGGCCAUCGCAUAUAUCGUACCCGCGAUGCACAUUUGUAUUUUGAUGAGUUCGGUGUUCCAGCGGAGGGAGGCCGCAAACCAGACCACAGACAAGAACAUGUAGGCCAGGGUCAGAUACCCUGAAGCAUAGAUAGUGCACAGACAUGACGUCACAUGACGUCCACCAAUAAAGACGCGUUUGUUUGUUCUGUCAGUGAAGGCACCGUAGAAAGGCAUUCGAGGGUAUUCGCUGCCCGGCAGAUAGCCGUAGGGAUUCUUCACCACCACUUUGCCGCUUAUCGUACCCCUGUGACCCACAGGAAUACGGAGGAGGCAUACACACCUUCUUGUCUGUGUGUGUGUGUGUGUGCACAAACAAAGCCAUACCCUUUCUUGUCCCCACAGUUGGAGAAGGUCAGCACAUAGACGCCCGUCUGGCUCAGCAGCUGCCGGUCUCUGUAUGUGUAAGCACACAGCGGCAGUGCACACAAACACACACACACAGAGGAGAGGCAAUAAUGGAUGGAUGGCAGGUCACUCACCUGGCUGGGUGUGGGCCGUAUUCGAUGCCGUGUCGGUACAUUGGCUUCUCCCUCGACCCAAUCAGAGUGUCCUUGACCGAACAGAGGCCCUGUUCAAUACGCACACACACAAACACCCCUCAUAUGGACGGCUGGCUGGAUGGAUGGAUGCGGGCAGUGAAUGGCCUUCUCACGACAGCAAUGUCAUCUUCGUUGCAGCAGAACUUCUGCGGCGAUAUAAUCGACCAAAAGUCUGAACACACACACACGAACCACACACCACAACAGACAGCAAUCAAUAAGCCUCCCCGCUCUCCAUCCGGCCCUGCCCACCAGUGAAUCGCAUCAGCGACAGCUCCACCCCCACAUAGUCCCGAAACUUCUGCACGUCCCCUCCGCCCUUCCCGGUGAAUUCCAUCCCCUCGAACGUCACCUGCGCCUCCCCACCUCCCCGGCCAGCGGGGCUGUCCUCUUUCCCGUACACAAAGAAGCUGUUGAGCACCUACACACACACCCGCCCACGCACACACAUACAGGCUCCCAUCCAUCGCUCUCUCUCUCUCUCUCUCUGUUGCUGACAUUGAGCUGUUUGUUGUCGGGGAUCGGGGUGUCACGGAACUCAUAAACCUGCGCCAGGGCCAUCCUCCAUGGGAUGAGGAGGGCCGUGAGCAGCAGCUGGCCAGGUUUCGGCCCACGCCAUGGACGGAUCUGCCAAAUCUCUCGCGGAUCUGUCCCCAUGGCACCCUGUAGUCAAACCUACUGGUGGAAAGGAGAAAAACG